AUGGGAUGCCCCAAGCUGGCCCAGCACAUCCAGCACCACCAGAGGUUCCUGGAGGGGCUCAGAUACGUGGGCUGGAAGAAGGAGCGAGUUGUGGCGGAGUUCUGGGACGGGAAGAUCGUGCUGAUCCUCCCGACUGACCCCAAAUACGCCGUCAGGAAGGCGGAGGAGGUUCGGGAGAUCGUGGAUGACGAGCUGGGAUUCCAGCAGGUGGCCCUGGGCUGCCCGGCCCAGAGCAGGACCUACCUGUUCGUGUGCGAGGGGAGGAUGGUCGUGGGCUGCCUGCUGGCCGAGCCCAUCAAACAGGCGUUCCGGGUGCUGUCGGAUCCUGCCCCGUGUCCCGGCCCGGAUUCCCAGCAGGGAAUUCCGAGGGCCUGGCGCUGCUCGGCGGAUCCGGAGCCGGCCGUGUGCGGGAUCAGCCGGAUCUGGGUGCUGGGGCCGCGGCGCCGCCGCGGCAUCGCCUGGCGCCUCCUGGACACCCUCAG